AUGUUCAAGAGCCGAGUCAACAUGGGAAGUAUGUUGAAAACUCUAGCAAUUUUCCUAUCCUUGUCAACUCUUGUCUAUACUCCGGUAUCUUCCACAUCAGUGGAUGAGCUUGUUAGGAUAAAACUAAAAAAAGUGAAAUUUAGUGAAACCAAUUCAGACGUCACUUUAAAAGCAUCUGUUAGGAAGUACACAAAGAGUUUAAAUAACCUUGGUGAUUCCACGAAAUCUGAUAUCAUAGCACUAAACAACUAUAUGAAUGCUCAAUACUUUGGUGAGAUCGGCAUUGGCACCCCACCUCAAAAAUUUAAUGUGAUCUUCGAUACUGCUAGUGCUAACUUGUGGGUACCUUCGUCAGAAUGCUUAUUUUCGGCAUCUUGCUCUAGUCACAGGAAAUACGAGUCAAGUAAAUCAAGCACUUACAAAGCAAAUGGUUAG